AUGUCUAUGUCAUUAUCGUCAUAUUCGCAAUACAACAGAAAAAAUUGGGAAGAUGCUGAGACGCCGAUUUUGUGUGAAACGUGUUUAGGAGUGAAUCCUUAUAUUCGAAUGAUGAAAGACAAAUUUGGAAAGGAAUGCAAGAUUUGUGAGCGCCCAUUCACAUCGUUCAGAUGGCAGCCCGGAAAGGGAGCCAGAUACAAGAGUACUGAGCUCUGUCAGACAUGCUCAAAAGUCAAAAAUGUGUGUCAGACUUGUAUGUUCGAUUUGGAAUAUGGACUUCCUGUGCAAGUUCGCGAUCAUGAACUUCAGAUUGCUGACAAUAUCCCAAAACAGGGUGCAAAUCGGGAUUUCUUUUUGCAAAAUGUUGAAAGGCAAUUGGCUCAGGGCGAUGGAACUCAGCCAAUCGCACAAAUUGCGAACAGUAUGGAUCAGGCAGCCCAUGAGCGUCUCAAAAGAUUGGCCAGAACAGCUCCAUAUUAUAAGCGAAAUGCGCCGCAUAUUUGCUCGUUCUUUGUUAAAGGAGAGUGCAAAAGAGGAGAAGAAUGCCCAUAUAGACACGAAAAGCCAACCGAUCCAGAUGAUCCGUUGUCGAGACAAAACAUUAAAGACCGUUAUUAUGGUGCGAAUGAUCCGGUUGCCGAGAAGAUUUUGAAUCGCUCGAAAGCGAUGCCGACACUUGCUCCGCCAGCAGAUACAUCAAUCACCACAUUGUACAUUGGAAAUUUGGGACCGGCUGGACCACUGCAGGUCACACAGAAGGAACUUAAUGACUACUUUUACCAAUUCGGAGAUAUUCGAAAUUUGCGAGUCCUUGUUGAAAAAGGGUGCGCUUUUAUUGAAUUCACAACCAGAGAAUCGGCUGAACGAGCUGCUGAGAGAUCAUUCAAUAAGGUGUAUAUUAAGGAUCGUCGUCUUACUAUUCGUUGGGGAGAACCGAAUGCAAAGAAAGCUGCGGACAAUUCGACAUAUGUCAAUCCAGUGCCAUCAGUUCCGACACUACCAAUUCCGGCUGGACUAAUCCCAUCAUCGUCAAAUCAACAGAGACUCACGGGAUCGUCUAUGCCACUUCCACCAGUGCCGCCACUCUUCGCUGCACCAACUCGGCUUGUCGUUCCGAAAAUAGUUCCAGUUUCUCAAACGAGUGAAGCUUCUUCGUCGUCUGCUUCGGGCAGCGGAAUCUAUUAUCCGAGUCAAGAUCCGACGCGUCUCGGAGCCAAGGGGGACGUCAUUGAGUAA